AUGAUGGUUAGGCUCUCCGUACGCGAGCUGUUGAUUUGGGCGGUAUUUGUGCUGGUUUCAACCACGGCGGUUCAGGCACCGAACCCAGUCGCUCUCACCAGUGCUGCCAUCGAUGAAUUUCUCGCCAGAGAAUACGGCCACUUGCCUGUGGAUCAGCGGAGGAACGUCGGACUGGUCCCAAUGAAUCUUGACAAGUUGAUUCGUGGAGCUGAUCACAAAGGACGGCUGACGCUGGCGGCGCCUGCACCUGGGCACGUGCUGCUGUUGACCGAACCAGUAUAUGGCGAAUGGGUUCGAGGAGUGGGAGUCAUGUCCGACACGGACUCGAUGCACUUUUUCCGCACUUCGCCGUUCGUCCUGCGUCGCGAGGGAGCAGACCAUGUGUACAGUACAUCGACGAGCGUUGAUGGGCUGAACCACAUUCCUGCGCGUUCUACCGAUCCGCAUCUGUUUGGAGCGCGCAAACUGUCGAUCCUGCUACCGAACGGAGUGUAUCGAAGCAAACAGCAGUUCGCGUUGAGCCACAUUUCAGUCUUGCCAGUAACAGGUCCUGCACCUGGAGAAAUCACCGUGUAUCCCGAUUUCAUAUGGCAAAAAUUGCUCAAGGGACCUCACGACGUAGAGUAUGGUCACGGCCCGUUGGUCGAAUGGUCGAACAAGCCUCGUUGGAACAAAAAGGUUACGUUCGUGCCCAACGAUGGCAGUGCCACUAGGAAGAUAUUCACCUCGCCCGCAAAGUGGUUCUCUUCUGCCAAGCCUAAAGCCGAUGCUCACACGACUGGUUCCUCGACAUCGCAUGAUGACCCUCUCGAUUCUCGUGCAGCCUAG